GUGCCUUAACAUUAGGGUUCCGAGAAUUAAAGAUACGUGUCUGUAUUUAUCCCCGCCAUUAAAUUCAAGUCUCUCCGUGACUAGCGUUUGUGACAGUCGGCUUAAACUUAUUAUUAAGCAAUUUUUAUUGAAAUAAUAAAACUAUCUCGAAGAUGUUUCUAACACGUUCUGAAUACGAUCAUGGUGUUAAUACCUUCUCCCCAGAAGGGAGGUUAUUCCAAGUUGAAUACGCCAUAGAAGCUAUAAAACUUGGUUCCACUGCCAUUGGAAUUGCAACAUCAGAGGGUGUUGUUUUAGUUGUGGAGAAACGUAUCACUUCCAGUUUAAUGGAACCCACAACCGUGGAAAAGAUUGUAGAAAUUGAUAAGCAUAUUGGAUGCGCCGCAUCCGGCUUAAUAGCUGACUCUAGGACUAUGAUCGAUCGUGCUAGAGUAGAAUGUCAGAAUCACUGGUUCGUCUACAACGAGAGAAUGUCUGUGGAAUCAACGGCACAGGCUGUAUCUAACCUAGCUAUACAAUUUGGAGACAGUGACGACGAUGGUAGUGCCAUGUCAAGACCAUUUGGCGUAGCAAUGUUAUUCGCCGGUAUUGAUGAAAAAGGGCCUCAGUUGUAUCAUAUGGAUCCUUCUGGCACCUUUGUACAAUUUGAUGCUAAAGCUAUUGGAUCUGGAAGCGAAGGCGCGCAACAGAACCUCCAAGAAGUUUAUCAUAAGUCUAUGACACUUAAAGAAGCGAUAAAGGCAGCCUUGGUUAUAUUGAAGCAAGUUAUGGAAGAAAAACUAAGUGAUAACAAUAUAGAAGUAAUGACAAUGACACCCGAGCAACUGUUUCAUAUGUUUACAAAAGCUGAAUUACAGGAGGUGAUUACAGAUAUUGCUUAAAGUUUAGGGCACUUAAAACAUGUUGAUUUUAUUGACAUGAAUACGUAUAUUUAUAUAUAGCGGAUAUGUGCUACGCGGGAGUUGUAUAUCCGAAAAUUACACAUACGUUUUUCAUUUAAAGAAUAUGGAAUUUCUACACGAUGAAAGAUUUUGUAUUUUCACCUUUUUUCAAAUCACCUGCAAAGAUAGUAAAUUAUAUAUUAUAUCUUUAAUCUUA